UCGGCCCGCGCGCUUUGACGCACCGGGCGCCUCUGCGGCAGGAUGAAGCGCUGCUCGCCUCCGGCCGAGUUGUUUUUGCGAAAGCCGCUCCCGGUGCCCGGAGCGCUCAAGGUCUGAACUUCCCUCUGGAGCCGCAGUUGGAGGCGCGCGGGUAGAGGCCACCAGCGGGCGACGGCGCCCGAGGGGGAGCGCAGCGCAGCGCGCCCGGGACCCAAGACUCAGCACCGCCGCGGCACGGGAACCCGGGGAGCACCAGGUACCCCUGACCCGGUCGGGAAAGGUUCCAAGAGCUCGGCAACAUGGCUUCCUCACCCCACCAGCAGCUGCUGCAUCACCAUAGCACCGAGGUGAGCUGCGACUCGAGCGGAGACAGCAACAGCGUGAGGGUCAAGAUCAACCCUAAGCAGCUGUCCUCCAACACCCACCCGAAGCACUGCAAGUACAGCAUCUCCUCCAGCUGUAGCAGCUCGGGAGACUCUGGGGGGCUUCCCCGGAGGAUGGGCGGCGGGGGUCGCCUGCGCAGGCAGAAGAAACUGCCCCAGCUGUUCGAGAGGGCCUCCAGCCGCUGGUGGGACCCCAAAUUCGACUCCGUGAACCUGGAGGAGGCCUGUCUGGAGCGCUGCUUCCCGCAGACCCAGCGCCGCUUCCGGUACGCACUCUUCUAUGUGGGCUUCGCCUGCCUUCUCUGGAGCAUCUACUUCGCUGUCCACAUGAGAUCCAAAGUGAUUGUCAUGGUGGUCCCGGCCCUGUGCUUCCUGGUGGUGUGUGUGGGCUUUUUCCUGUUUACUUUCACCAAGGUGUAUGCCCGGCAUUACGCGUGGACCUCGCUGGCUCUCACCCUGCUGGUGUUCGCCCUGACCCUGGCCGCGCAGUUUCAGGUUUGGACACCUCUGUCAGGACGUGUUGAAAGCUCCAAUCAAACUCUCACAGCCAAGGCGGCGGACACUUGCUUAUCUCAAGUGGGGAGCUUCUCCAUGUGUAUUGAAGCGCUCUUUCUGCUCUACACGGUCAUGCACUUACCUCUGUACCUGAGCUUGUUUUUGGGGGUAGCCUAUUCUGUCCUUUUCGAGACCUUUGGCUAUCAGUUCCGAAAUGAAAACUGCUUCCCCUCCCCAGGACCCGGGGCCCUGCACUGGGAGCUGCUGAGCAGAGCCCUGCUCCACGUGUGCAUUCACGCGAUUGGGAUCCAUCUGUUUGUCAUGUCUCAGGUGAGGUCCAGGAGCACCUUCCUCAAGGUGGGGCAAUCCAUUAUGCACGGCAAAGAUCUGGAAGUAGAAAAAGCCCUCAAAGAGAGGAUGAUUCAUUCUGUGAUGCCAAGAAUCAUAGCUGAUGACCUAAUGAAACAAGGGGAUGAGGAGAGUGAGAAUUCUGUAAAGAGGCACACCACCUCCAGCCCCAAGAACAGGAAGAAGAAGUCCUCCAUACAGAAAGCGCCUAUAGCAUUCCGCCCUUUUAAGAUGCAGCAGAUUGAAGAGGUCAGUAUUUUAUUUGCAGACAUCGUGGGCUUCACCAAGAUGAGUGCCAACAAAUCCGCUCAUGCCUUGGUAGGUCUCCUCAAUGAUCUGUUUGGUCGCUUCGACCGGUUGUGUGAGGAGACCAAGUGUGAGAAGAUCAGCACUCUGGGAGACUGUUACUACUGUGUGGCCGGGUGUCCGGAGCCCCGGGCAGACCAUGCCUACUGCUGCAUUGAAAUGGGCUUAGGCAUGAUAAAAGCCAUCGAGCAGUUCUGCCAGGAGAAGAAAGAGAUGGUGAACAUGCGUGUCGGGGUUCACACAGGGACUGUCUUAUGUGGCAUCCUGGGCAUGAGGAGGUUUAAAUUCGAUGUGUGGUCCAAUGACGUGAACUUGGCCAAUCUCAUGGAGCAGCUGGGAGUGGCUGGCAAAGUUCACAUAUCCGAGGCCACUGCAAAAUACUUAGACGACAGGUAUGAAAUGGAAGAUGGGAGAGUUAUCGAACGCCUUGGCCAGAGUGUGGUCGCCGACCAGUUGAAAGGUUUGAAGACAUACCUGAUAUCGGGUCAGAGAGCCAAGGAGUCCCACUGCAGCUGUGCAGAGGCCCUGCUUUCUGGCUUUGAGGUCAUUGACGGCUCACGGGUGUCCUCGGGCCCUAGGGGACAGGGGACAGCAUCGCCAGGGAGUGUCAGUGACUUGGCACAGACUGUCAAAACCUUUGAUAACCUUAAGACUUGUCCUUCUUGUGGAAUCACAUUUGCUCCCAAAUCUGAAGCUGGUGCAGAAGGAGGAACUGUGCAAAAUGGCUGUCAAGACGAGCCUCCAGCCGGCACCAAGGCUUCUGGAGGACCCAACACCAAAACCCAGAACGGACUCCUGAGCCCUCCCCCAGAGGAGAAGCUCACCAACAGUCAGACUUCCCUGUGUGAGAUCCUGCAGGAGAAGGGACGGUGGACAGGCGUGAGUUUGGACCAGUCGGCCCUCCUCCCGCUGAGGUUCAAGAACAUCCGUGAGAAAACUGAUGCCCACUUUGUAGAUGUCAUCAAAGAAGACAGCCUGAUGAAAGAUUAUUUCUUCAAGCCACCCAUCAAUCAGUUCAGCCUGAACUUCCUGGAUCAGGAGCUGGAGCGAUCCUACAGAAGCAGCUACCAGGAAGAGGUCAUAAAGAAUUCCCCUGUGAAGACUUUUGCCAGCGCCACCUUCAGUUCCCUCCUGGACGUGUUUCUGUCUACCACAGUGUUCCUGAUCCUCUCCAUCACCUGCUUCCUAACCUAUGGAGCCACCGCCAUGCCUCCCCCACCGGCUGCCCUGGCCGUCUUUGGUGCAGACCUGCUCCUGGAGGUGCUGUCCCUGGUAGUGUCCAUCAGAAUGGUGUUCUUCCUAGAGGAUGUCAUGGUGUGCACAAAGCGGUUGCUGGAAUGGAUCGCUGGCUGGCUCCCUCGACACUGCAUUGGGGCCAUCUUGGUAUCUCUUCCUGCCUUGGCUGUCUAUUCACACAUCACCUCUGAGUUUGAGACAAACAUACACUUCACCAUGUUCACAGGCUCUGCUGUGCUGGUGACCGUCGUACACUACUGUAACUUCUGCCAGCUCAGCUCCUGGAUGAGGUCCUCCCUUGCCACCAUCGUGGGGGCUGGGCCGUUGCUUCUGCUCUACAUCUCCCUGUGCCGGGACAGUUCCAUAGUGGAGUCACCCUUAGAUACAGCAGCACAGAACUUCAGUGCCAACAGGAACCUGUGCAACAGCUCACUGCUGCAGGACAGCAGGAGGCCGGCCAGCCUCAUAGGCAAGGAGCUCAUCCUCACCUUCUUCCUCUUGCUCCUCUUGGUCUGGUUCCUGAACCGAGAGUUCGAGGUCAGCUACCGACUGCACUACCAUGGGGAUGUGGAAGCAGAUCUGCACCGCACCAAGAUCCAGAGCAUGAGGGAUCAGGCUGACUGGCUACUGAGGAACAUCAUCCCCUACCACGUGGCCGAGCAGCUGAAAGUCUCCCAGACCUACUCCAAGAACCAUGACAGCGGAGGAGUGAUCUUUGCCAGCAUCGUCAACUUCAGUGAAUUCUAUGAAGAGAACUAUGAAGGGGGCAAGGAAUGCUACCGGGUCCUCAAUGAGCUGAUAGGUGACUUUGACGAGCUUCUGAGCAAACCGGACUAUAACAGCAUUGAGAAGAUCAAGACUAUCGGGGCCACAUACAUGGCAGCGUCAGGGCUGAACACUGCCCAGUGCCAGGAGGGUGGCCACCCCCAGGAGCAUCUGCGUAUCCUCUUUGAAUUUGCCAAGGAGAUGAUGCGUGUGGUGGAUGACUUCAACAACAAUAUGCUAUGGUUCAACUUCAAGCUCAGGGUUGGCUUUAACCAUGGACCCCUCACUGCAGGCGUCAUUGGUACCACCAAGCUGCUCUAUGACAUCUGGGGAGACACUGUCAACAUUGCCAGCAGGAUGGACACCACUGGUGUUGAGUGCCGCAUCCAGGUGAGCGAAGAGAGCUACCGUGUGCUGAGCAAGAUGGGUUAUGACUUUGACUACCGAGGGACUGUGAACGUCAAGGGCAAAGGGCAAAUGAAGACCUACCUUUACCCAAAGUGCAUGGACAAUGGGGUUGUGCCCCAGCACCAGCUGUCCAUCUCCCCAGACAUCCGUGUCCAGGUGGAUGGCAGCAUUGGACGGUCUCCCACGGAUGAGAUUGCCAACUUGGUGCCUUCUGUUCAGUUCUCAGACAAGACUUCCUUGGGAUCUGAUGACAACACACAGGCCAAGGACGUGCACCUGUCCUGUAAGAGACCCUGGAAAGAGCCGGUCAAAGCUGAAGAAAGGUUUCGAUUUGGAAAAGCCAUAGAAAAGGAUGACUGUGAAGACACAGGAAUAGAAGAAGCCAAUGAACUCACCAAGCUCAAUGUCUCAAAGAGUGUAUGAGGCAGCAUGGAGAGCUGCCGAGGUGCUCUGUUCAUCCAAACACAAUAAUAUUUGUAUUGACAGGCUGGCGUGCUGUCUAGCACCUCAGUGUCUGUUCCUGGAUGUGGUGUCAUGUGGUCAUUUCAGCCCUAAUCUCUGUGUGGAUCACAGUUAUUCAGGGUCCAUUUCCACCCAUUUCUUCUUUCCUUUACUCCCUUUCCUGGAAGCCUGCCCCCAGCCUGGGGGAUCCAUUCAGCGGUGUGGAGGAAUACAAGUGCCUUCAGGGUUUGGCCUUGAGUCUAGGGCUGAGGCCACUGGUGGAAUCAUGGCCCUGGGUAUUAUUUGACUUCUUUAGGACAAAAAAAAAAAAAAGCUGUGGUUAAGAUACCGUUUUUUAUUGCCUUUUCUCACAAGCUUUUUUUUCUCAUACAGUGUUUUCCAGUUUAUUUUUUCUAUAUAUGUAAUAGUGUUUUUUGGUCACCUGGCCUUUCUAAGCACAUACACGCACACACACUUGCAUUUAUGAAUCUGACAUAAAGUGCCAGUAACUCAUCGGGGGAGGGGCUAUAAAAGGGGGGCAGGACUGGGAAGCUCAACAAGCCCCCUUCUGGCAUCUCGGGGUACCUGGGCCCAUAUUCCUGUGGCCCAUGAAUGGGCCUCUCUGCCCCCAACACUGGGCAGUUUCGGGGGCUCUUCUGCACGCAGGCCAAAAUUUCAUAUGCUCACCAGGCACAAAGCUUACACGCCAGGCCUCAGGAAUCUCAAAGCCGUGUUUUCAUCUGACCCUCCACAGAGGGGUCUUCCAGCCAAGAGCGAAGAUGUUUGUCUCAGAAGCCGACUCAUCUGAGGGAGACAGUCGACCAUCUGAGGGUUGCGUUUAUUUAUUUAUUUAUUUAAUCAAAACGUGUAUUAUGGGGAGGGGCCACUGGAUAGUUUUGGUGAGGGAAACGGAGUGGGCAGG